AUGGACUUUGAAGCAUUGGCAGUCGAAUGCUGUAACGCUGCUUUCCGAGAGACAUUUACGGCUUCGUCCGUGUGGACGCAGGCCGCCGAGACAAUGGACACUUACCUAAACCAGCUACAAACUGGUAUAAAAUCUGUAGGAUCUGAACGAAAUGUUGAGAACGACGUACAAGUGACAGACAUUGCUGAGGACGACGAUGGACUUGGCUACACUUUUGUAGUGGAUCGCAAGAAUCCGACAAUUGCGUCACUACAUGAUGAUUUAUUGCCACUAACGCAUGUAGUGGUUAAUGCUAAGCAAGUAUCAAGUCGAGUGGAGGCUCUGACAGCAGUUUUCCGCUUCCUUCGCAAUGCAUGUGCAACAAAUCGUGACAACCAAGACGCCUGUCUGGAUGCUGGUCUGAUCAAACGAGCCUAUGAUGUAGUGCUUCGGUGCUGUCUCUGGGUGGAUGUAGAGGAUGAAGCAGUUAAAAAACAUAUCGUGCUGUUAGCUCAUGUUGCACUCCAGUUUUGUGUAAACAGUGUCACCAGCAACCCGAAGAAUCAGGUGGCAGUAUGGGAAUGCUUCUUUCCCGAUGCUUUUCAGAAAAUGUUGCUGGAGUGCCAUCAGUAUCGCAAUGUCGUCGCGUUUACAGUAGCACUGAUCUUGAACUGUGUUAACUCAAAUAGUACUGCUGCAUCCGAACUCGAGGAAGUUGCCACUCGCCGGGUUGAUCUGGUGUGUGCGCGGAACUUGGUGACCACGAUUCUCCACCGCUGCAUCGUAAAGCCGCAAGAGAUGGACGCGUUACUGCCUAUUGACACACAGGUCGAUGCACAGGACUCGGCUUUUGAGUGGAUCUCUUUGUUGUUUGGCGUUCUCUUCCGCGCCGGUCAUAUUAAAGACCUUUACAACGCCGUGGGAGCUCACAUGCUCAGUAAACUUUGGUCUCGUGUGACUCCUGAGCAAUUGAUUUUGCUACGGAUGUUCAAGAUGUGGGCCGUGUCCACGCCCGUUGGGAUCUUCGCUAUCGCAAUGCAGGAAGAGCAUAGCGGAAAACAAGUACACGUAUUCUCUGAGGGUACAUUUGAGUUUGUGAGAAGUACAUGGACCUACGUCAUUACCGUCGGCGACGACGACAGGCCGAACGAAGCAGAUGAAAUCAGGAAGAAAGUGUGGAUCGAGCUCGAAAACGAAGCAAAGUUGAUAUUGCUCGAUGUGCUUGGAGAAUUGACAGUCGGUCACACUCGACUGAAUGCAGAGGGGGCCCGAAAACUACUGGUUUCUCUUGCCCAAGAGCUACAGCGUGUUUGGGAGUUGGGGCGUCAAAAUCCAGCAAAAAGGAAUUAUCGGGCAACCAAGUCUACGCUACAGCCACAAACAAACGGAGAGCCGCUCGGGUACAGGUCUCGGUUAAUUCGUGUCAUUGGCAACCUCUGCUUUCGGCACACAUACCACCAAGAUCUUAUACGCGACGAGGGUUAUUUGCCAUUGUUCCUCAAUCACUGUAACAUUGACGAAACAAACCCAUUGGUCCGUGAAUGGUCCUUGGUAGCUCUGCGCAAUUUGUGCGAGGGAAAUGAGGCCAAUCAAUCGUACAUUAAUGCGCUUCGUCCGCAAGGAAUGGAUGCAGCAUCAGAUACAGCUCUCGAAAAAGCGAAGGUGCGCGCACAUAUUGAGGAAGACGGAAAGGUCAAGCUGACAAAACAGGAGGAGUAG